UCCAGAUAGAAAGCUGUUGUCAUGAAGAACGUUCCUUACAAUUCUGUUCAGGUGGCUGGAAUUGACCACUGUCCCCAGGAGGAGAAAAUCACCAUGAGCAAGAAGAAAAUUGUCAAGAGGUCAAAGAUCGAGUCCUUCGUGAGCGUUUACAAUCACAAUCACUUCGUGCCUAUGAGGUGCCCUGUGGACAUCCCAUUGGACAAAAAUGUUGUCAACAAGGAUGUCUUUAGAAACCCACUUCUGAAAUGCAAGGCCAGGCUGGAGGCCAAGGCUAAAUUAAAUUGA